AUGGACAUGUUGGCGUUCUCGGGUUGUACACAUGGUUGCACAGACGAGGAAGCAGAUGAACUCAAACGUAUGAGAUACCUUGGAUUCAAGAAAACUAUAAGAUUAGAUAGAAAAGAACUUAUAAAUUUAAUAGAUUUGCACCAAAAUGGGACGAUCUCAUGGAUAGAGUUCUCGGGUGCUGUAAAAAUGGCACACGGGAAAAGAAUAGGCCAACCAGAUGAUCGUUGGAAUGUUGCUACCAAACCCAAGGAAGAAGAUUAUUUUUAUGCAAACCCUCAAGAAUGUUUCGGCGAUGCAACAGUAAAUAGUGAUACUUAA